AUGUCACUCAGUGCAAACGUUGAUCUCAUUAUCCAUACUGCCUGGCCCGUGAGUUUUAACCUCGAACUUUUGGCAUUUCAUCCUCAAUUCGCGGGGAUUGUCAAUUUCUUAAGCCUAGCUGCCUCUACUACUUCUACAGUACACUUCGAAUUCAUCGCUCCCGUUGCAGUAGUAGAAGGACACACAGCAGUUCUUGCCUCGCAAGAAGUACGACCUGAUCCUAGCACACCAGCACCAGCCCCAUCUAGCUGCGCACGCGUCGAAUUCCUCUCUGAAUUACUCACGAGACGAAACAGUCCCAAGAACCAUCCUCCGCAUUGGGCAAAUUGCCAUAUUAGUCAUAAACUCAGAUUUGUGGAAUUUGAAAAUACGGGCUCCUGGUCUACAGUAAUACUCGGUUCGAUUUAUGUAGGUCGGAUCCCUGAUAAUCAAGGUUUGCGGUUUGAUGUUGUGGAUUUUGGACUUGUCAUCUGUGCAUUUUCUGGCUGGCUGGUAUAUUUGUGGCUUUGA